AUGUCACCAUCAUCAUCAUCACCAGUAUUCAUUCCGCAAGAUCUUAUUGUCGACGUGCUUUCCUUUCUUCCUGUCAAAUCAGUUAUUCGAUUCAAGUGUAUGAAUAAGACAUUUCACUCUCUCAUUUCUAAUCCAAACUUUGUCAAAUUGCAUCUUCAUAGAUAUCCACGAAAUCAAGGUAUCUCAUUUGUAUCUACCUCCCAAGGCGAUGCCGCAACCUUAAAAGUUGUUAGUCUAUCUCAGAAUCCUCCAAUUCAUUUCACCGUUCCAAAUGAUCCCUACUUUCAAGACAAAUACAAGGAUUGUUUCUAUAUAGUUGGUUCUUGCAAUGGGUUACUCUGUUUGAGUCAUUAUACCUAUGGUAGUAGUAGAGAGAAGUGGUUUCGUAUUUGGAACCCCGCAACGAGGACACUGGUAUAUGAAAUACGGUUCAAAGGUGAUUGUGGGUUCAACAUUGAUGGCGGCCUUUUAAAUUUAACGUUUAGUUACGAUACUUCAAGAGACACUUAUAAACUGGUGCGUUUUGUUCAGGAUAGAACAGAUGUAAAAGUUCUCAAGUUGGGUGAUAAUGUUUGGAGAAAAAUUCAAAAUUCUCCUAUAUGUCAUCAUUACCCGAUGCAUUUUGUGCAUUUUUCGUUGUUGCCAUUAUGCAUGUUUGAAAAAAGUGAUACUCUAUUAUUGACAAAUUCUAAGACUGCAAUUUUCUAUAACUGGAGAUAUAACAAAGCAGAGAGUAUUCAUAAACAUUUGCCGUUUCGUAGCCAUUUAUACAUUGAAAGCUUGGUUUCUGAUAUAUUAAAAUAG